AAAUUUAAAAAGGAAGUUAGGUCAUUGUCGUAACAAAAAACAGGAAGUUUAUAAACUUGGAUAACUCGGGUGAUUUGGGAGUCAUUGGAGUCACAGUUUGUUAACAGAGUGGUAGUGUAUCGAGAGUAGCAGUGGACCAGUAAGGUGUAGCUCCUGUAGCCUGAAGAAGAUGAAGUACCAAAUAGCAGACUUCCCCAGCGGGCCACUGGAUGUUUAUAGGAAGAAGGCUUCCUUCGACUGGAAGGAAAUGCUCCGCUUCAUUGAUGAAGAUGAAGUCCUCCAGUUCAAGGACUACAUCUUCAAGACUCUGGAGAACGAUCCUCUGUUUGCCCGUCAGCCAGGAGAAGACGUCUCUUUAGAGAAAGCAAGAGAGUUGAACUUUCUCAGGGUGAAGCAACUUUUUCGCUACAAUUUCCUGACAAAUGAAGAAGCGAUGGCGAACCCCUGGAAACUGAUAGUCCUGGAGGACUGCCUCGGCAUGUACGACUGGUCCUGCCUCGCCAAGUUCUUCCUUAACAAAGCAAUGUUUGGCGGAACCAUUGCUAAUUCAGGGUCAAGCAGACAUAAAAAAUUUGUUGAAAGCACCGAAGACAUGACGACCUUUGGCUGUUUCGCACUGACUGAGCUGAGUCAUGGCAGCAACACCAGAGCCAUGAGGACCACAGCCACUUAUGACCCAUCCACCCAGGAGUUUGUGAUCAACUCUCCAGACUUUGAGGCAGCCAAGUUCUGGGUGGGAAACAUGGGGAAGAAUGCCACCCACACUGUGCUGUACGCCCAGCUCUACACACCGGACCAGGUCUGCCACGGCCUUCACUCCUUUGUCGUGCCGAUCAGAGACCCAAAGACCUUGCUGGCGUUGCCGGGGGUUGUUGUUGGAGACAUGGGAAAGAAACUGGGCCAGAACGGACUGGAUAAUGGGUUUGCGAUGUUCCACAAUGUGAGGAUCCCGCGGGAAAACCUGCUGAACAAGACGGGAGACGUUACCCCUGAUGGACGCUACAUGACUCCGUACAAGGACCCCAACAAGCGCUUCGGGGCCUCUCUGGGGGCCCUGUCUGGGGGCCGCGCAUACAUCGGCAGGAUGGGUGUGGUUAACUUAAAGCUGGCUCUGAUUGUAGCCAUCCGCUUCUCAGCCACCAGGAGGCAGUUUGGCCCCAAAGACACAGAGGAGAUUCCAGUGCUGGAGUACCAGUUACAGCAAUGGCGUCUCAUCCCAUACCUGGCAGCAGCUUACGCUCUGGAGUUCUUCACCAAAUCUGUCUUCAUAAACUUUGUGGAGUUCCAGGUGGGACAGAUGAUGAAGGACAAGAGUGACAGACAGGAGGAGUUGGGCCGGGAGAUCCACGCCAUCACCAGUUCCUGCAAACCUCUGGGUUCCUGGACGGCUCAGAGGGGGAUCCAGGAGUGCAGGGAGGCCUGCGGAGGACACGGAUUCCUCGCCAUGAACCGACUCGGCAGUCUGCGUGACGACAACGACCCAAACUCCACAUAUGAGGGAGACAACAACGUGUUGCUGCAACAAACCAGCAACUACCUGCUCAGCUGUUUCCAGGCCAAACGGCACAACGCCGUCCACAUUCAGUCUCCUCUUCACUCUGUGGACUUUUUGGACGAUUAUCAGGACAUCCUGAAGAGCAGAUUUACAGCAGAAACGAUGGAGGAGUGUCUGAGCUUACAAGUGCCUCUUGAUGCCUAUAAGUGGCUGGUCUGUUUCCUGCUGGAGGAGAGUCAGAAGAGGCUGGAGCGAGAGAGAGCUGCAGGGAGAGACGAGUUUGAGGCUCGGAACAACAGCCAGGUUUACUUCUGCAGGUCUCUGGCCAUCGCCUACAUCGAGCACUGCUGUCUGCAGAGAUGUCACCAGCUGGUCUCAGAUCAGGACACGCCGGCUGCUCUCAGAGCCGUUCUCAGCAAGCUCUUCUCCCUGUACGGACUGUGGAGCCUCAGCAGCCACAUGGCCACGCUGUACCAGGGUGGAUAUUUGAAUGGAAGGAGGCCUGCAGAUCUGCUGCAGACGGCCAUCCUCACGCUCUGCUCUCAGCUGAAGGAUGAUGCAGUUGCUCUGGUGGAUGUCUUGGCGCCGCCCGACUUCAUCCUCAACUCCCCGAUUGGCAAAGCGGACGGACAGCUCUACAAAAACCUGUGGUCGGCGGUUCUGCAGAACAAUCAGGUGCUGGAGCGCCCCUCCUGGUGGAAAGAGUUCUGCUCGGACAAACCUGUGGUGGGAUCGCUGCGCUCAAACCUGUAGAUCUUCAUUAGAUGUUCCUGCUCAGUAUCUCUGAAUUCACUGAACUUGUGUCCAAACUGUGUGAAGGUUACUGUCAGUUUAAGAGCAGAUACUCACAAGACUGCAGCAAAGUUUCUGACCGUAAACAAUUAUCAGCAGAUUAUUUGAUAAAGAAAAUGACCCUGAAUCAGAUGUGGUAAGCAUUUUCUGACUUUUGAAUGAGCGUUUUUUAAAGUACCGAAUGAAUUCUCUUAACACCAGUUCUUGAAGGUGGAUUCAUAAGAAGACGAACCAUGGAAUUGUUCUGCUUUUACAGGGACUGACCUGUUUCUGUACCACCAUUUCAAAGCUCCAUGUAGCUUCAGUCAGAGCUGAGACUUCAGGAGUUUAAAGUACAGCCAGAAUUUCUGUGUGAAGACCAACUUCAUUUUAAUGUAAGUGAACCGCAUGAGUGGCCUUCGAAGGACCUGAAGCACUUUGAGUUCAGGCUACUUUAAAUCCAAGUGUGUGCGCUUUAGUGUAUAAAAUGAUGAGUUUGCACAUUGUCACUUUUGCACAAGAACAUUCAUUCGUCUGGUUUGACCGGAACUUUAUUGUUUGAUUCAUGUGAAUUUUAAUCACUUCCUCAUGUCAGAUGUAACACGUCCCCAACUUUGCUUUCUAGUUCAGUCUUUUCCAUUUUCAUGAUUAAACUUUGAUCUGUCAGAAUUAAAGAACUAAAUGGAAAUGUUUUAAUUUCUUGCUGUUAACUGAAAUAAAUGUCUAUUUUUAAAUAUUUGGAAUAAGGCGAUGAGCUAACAGAGGUUUCUGUGUCCUCUAGUCAGAGAGCUUAAUUUAGAAGUCAUCAGGUGAUUCAUCCAGCAGCUUUCUUGCCUUUUGGAAGGCACUGAGGUGCUUUGCUGCCCCCUGCAGGAUGAAAGGCCUCAUUCAUUUUUCUCAUCUUUGUGUUUUGUCAUAAAUAAAUGUAAUCUAACCAUUUUUUGUAACAAACUCUGACAAAUGUUAGACUCCCAGGGUUUUUGUCAAAGACUUUAAUAGACUCAAAGGUUUUCUUUUUAUUGGAAAAUUGAUUAAAGAUGGAUUCCGCCUC